AUGUCCACUGCUGCAUUUAAAAGACAAAGCGUUCCACUUUCAAGAGUCUUCCAGAGUUAUGGAAAGAAUACGACCCAAUCCAAAUACGGAGCUUACCUUAUGGCUGCAUUGAUUGGGUCUGGUAUUUUGGCUACUUCUUAUUUCAACAAUAAUGGAAAUGGCAAAACACCAUCAAACAAUUACAAGAAAUUAUUAGCUGGUUCUGGUAUUGUUAAUACUGCAGCCCUUCCAAGGGUAAGUCGAUCAAGGACUAUCAAGACCUUUAUAAUGAAAUAG